AUGUCUGACACUCUAAAUAUUAAGUUAGAUGGGCCAGAUGCGUAUCUUCUUGAGGAAGAGGAAAAUGUAAAACGUUCUGUGGUGCUGAAUAAUAAGCUUAGGUUUGCAAUUCAAUCAAGAAAUAAACCAGACACAUCAAAAAUGGUAGAGACAUCUGAAUUUAUUAACAUCUCAUCUCUAAAACGCAAAAGAAAUACAAAUAACGAGCAGUUUUCUAGAAAUAAAUUGAAUUCCAAUGGUGAAAAAAUAGAAUCUCGGAGGUUUGGUUUUCUUGGAGUUAAUGACAAUGAUGUGCAAGACCUAAAUAAAAUAAUGAAGUUGCCAUGGGAAAAAAUUCCUAGGUAUUUGUAUAAGUCUUCUGGAGUUGACUUAUUCUUUAUUCACUUAAACAAUGAAAUAGUGCAGCUAGUUAAGUGGUUAGAACUUACUAACUCUGAGCAUAUCUUAAGAACUAGGGCACUUGCAAGAAUAACAUUAAUUUCACACUCAUUAUGGCCAGGAUCAAAAGUACAACCUUUUGGAAGUUAUUAUACAGGCCUUUCAUUACCAACCGGGGAUUUAGAUGUCUGUAUUUUAAAUGUGCCAGGUGACCCAAAAAGAAGACUUCGAGAAUUUGCAAGCAUAUUGAAGGAAUGGAGGCUUUGCACAGGAAUCGAACUUAUUCUGACAGCAAAAGUCCCUAUCAUUAAGUAUGUGGAUUCAGAGGCAUGCAUUUCUGUUGAUAUAUCUCUGAAUCAGGAAAGUUCAAUAGACACAACUAAACAUAUUUCAGAAUGCCUUCGAAAAUUUAGCACAUUGAGACCAUUGUUAAUUGUUAUAAAGUUAUUUUUAAGACAGAGAGGUCUAGAUGAGACUUACCUUGGCGGCCUUGGAUCUUAUUCUCAAUUUUGUUUAGUUUUGUCAUUUUUACAGCAGCACUCAUCAUCUUACUCACAUACUCUCUAUAAGUCAACUACGCUAGGGCAUUUACUAUUUGAUUUUUUGGAAUUGUUCGGUAUUGUAUUUAAUUAUAAUAGUACGGGAAUUCGUUUGAAAGGAAGAGGUGAGUAUUUUAAUAGACAAACAACAAAGUCGGAGUCAACCUUGUUUCUGGAAUCUCCCUUACCACCACAUAAUGACAUGGGAAGGGGAGCGUUUAGAUAUAAUGAUGUCAGAGAAUCAUUUAGACUUGCAUUUUUGGAUCUAGUGGAAUCUAGAGGGAGGUUCAAUAAAAUGUGCUCAUCUUUCGAGGAAUCAAAAUUUAAAAGCCCAGAAUAUUAUAGCAUUAUCUCUUCUAUUAUUUGUACAGAUGAUGAACUAUUUCAAUGUAGGUCAAGAGUUGUUGAUGAUUCACAGCUUUCAAUAAGUGCCUAUAGGAAGCCACCACAUAUUUCUAAUGAAAUUAUUAAAAAAGUUAAAUUAGAAAUGGAAAAAAUGGAUGUAAAUGUUAAUGCUACUUGA